GUGGCCACGCUUCCGCGGGCGUCGGAGCCGGUUGCGGGCAAGGAGUGGCAGCGCCAUGGCGUCUGUGGGGACCCUCGCCUUCGAUGAAUAUGGGCGUCCUUUCCUCAUCAUCAAGGAUCAGGACCGCAAGUCCCGCCUCAUGGGACUGGAAGCCCUCAAGUCACACAUCAUGGCAGCCAAGGCUGUGGCCAACACGAUGAGAUCGUCUCUGGGACCAAAUGGGCUUGACAAGAUGAUGGUGGACAAGGACGGUGACGUGACGGUGACGAACGACGGCGCCACCAUCCUGAGCAUGAUGGACGUGGACCACCAGAUUGCCAAGCUGAUGGUGGAGCUGUCCAAGUCUCAGGACGACGAGAUCGGAGACGGGACCACGGGUGUGGUUGUCCUGGCGGGCGCCCUGCUGGAGGAGGCGGAGCAGCUGCUAGACCGAGGCAUCCACCCCAUCCGCAUCGCUGACGGCUACGAGCAGGCCGCCCGAAUCGCCAUCGACCACCUGGACCAAAUCAGCGACAGCGUCCUGGUGGAUGAGCGCGACACCGAGCCCCUGGUGCAGACCGCAAAGACCACACUGGGCUCCAAGGUGGUCAACAGCUGCCACCGGCUCAUGGCGGAGAUCGCGGUGAACGCGGUGCUGACGGUGGCCGACAUGCAGCGCAGGGACGUGGACUUCGAGCUCAUCAAGGUGGAGGGCAAGGUGGGCGGGCGCCUGGAGGACACCACGCUCAUCAAGGGCGUGAUCGUGGACAAGGACUUCAGCCACCCGCAGAUGCCCAAGCAAGUGGAGAACGCCAAGAUUGCCAUUCUCACCUGUCCCUUCGAGCCGCCAAAACCAAAGACAAAGCACAAGCUGGACGUCACCUCUGUGGAAGACUACAAGGCCCUCCAGAGAUACGAGAAGGAGAAGUUUGAGGAGAUGAUCAGGCAGAUCAAAGACACGGGCGCCAACCUCGCCAUCUGCCAGUGGGGCUUUGACGACGAGGCCAACCACCUACUGCUGCAGAACAGUCUGCCGGCCGUGCGCUGGGUGGGCGGCCCCGAGAUCGAGCUGAUCGCCAUCGCCACGGGGGGCCGCAUCGUGCCCCGCUUCUCCGAGCUGACGGCCGAGAAGCUGGGCUUCGCGGGGCUGGUGAAGGAGAUCUCCUUCGGGACCACCAAGGACAAAAUGCUGGUGAUCGAGCAGUGCAAGAACUCGCGGGCCGUCACCAUCUUCAUCAGGGGCGGCAACAAGAUGAUCAUCGAGGAGGCCAAGCGGUCCCUGCAUGACGCGCUUUGCGUCAUCCGCAACCUCAUCCGGGACAACCGCGUGGUGUACGGCGGGGGCGCUGCCGAGAUCUCCUGCGCGCUGGCCGUGGGCCAGGCGGCCGAUAAGUGUCCCACCCUGGAGCAAUACGCCAUGCGGGCCUUCGCCGACGCUCUGGAGGUCAUCCCCAUGGCCCUGUCAGAGAACAGCGGCAUGAACCCCAUCCAGACCAUGACAGCAGUGCGCGCCCGCCAGGUCAAGGAGAACAACCCCGCGCUGGGCAUCGACUGUCUACACCAGGGCACCAACGACAUGAAGCAGCAGCACGUCAUAGAAACCCUGAUCGGCAAGAAGCAGCAGAUCUCCCUGGCCACACAGAUGGUCCGGAUGAUUCUGAAGAUCGACGACAUCCGCAAGCCCGGGGAGUCUGAGGAGUGAGGAGGCAGCAGUGGCGCGUGGGACCCUAGCUAUUUAUUACCGCGGCCUUGCCAGACAGUAGGUGUUGUGCUAAUAAACUCGGUUCUUUGUUCA